UAAAGGGAAAGUUGUUUUUACCUGUUCGAAAAUUGAUGUCGGUUAUCUCUUUAAUUUGAAUAGCAGAGUUGUGUAUUUGUAAUGUGACCAUUGCAAUCCGUUGCAUUUUAAAUGCAAAAUAAGCUGCUUGCUGCUGAAGUCUUCACCCGAGGCUGUGUGGAUGGGCAUCACUGGAGAUAAGAAUGUCAAAACUUUCUCUUGGAAGGAAGGUAUCCUCCAAUAAACUAAGUAGCUGGGUGGAGCCAUCCUUUGGUGACCUGUUCAGUGGCUCCGAUUUGAACUCCUUCCACUUGAAAAAGGGUGCAAGCUCUGGAGAGACUAAGAGCAAAUCGCGGCCUUCCGCUGCUGAUGGCAACAGCCAGCGGCCUUCAAAGAGGAGAGCCAUUUGUCAGGCCUCGGAGCCCCAGUGUCCCUCUGGUAGAGACUUAAGUCAGGGGGGUCAGGAUGAGCCCUGGGUGGACAAGCACUCCCCGACAUCACAGGCAGAAUUGGCCGUGCACAAAAAGAAGAUCGAGGAGGUUGAGAACUGGCUGAAGUCACACUUGGACCACAAGUCAGAGAACAAGGGUGGUGCCGUACUCUUACUGACUGGUCCCUCGGGAUGUGGAAAGACCGCUACUAUUCAGGUCCUGGCCCAAGAACUGGGCUGUCGUGUUCAGGAGUGGUACAAUCCCACCACUGUCUCAGAGUUCAGGACCGAAGACUCCUUCAAAGAGACCGUUGACCCUGAGUCACGGUUCAACGGUUUCCACGGUGUCUCGCAGACAGCGGCUUUCCAGGAGUUCCUGCUCAGGGCCAAUAAGUACAGCCGCCUGCAGAUGAUUGGCGAGAGCGGGACCCUGGACAGGAAGGUCAUCCUGGUCGAGGAUCUCCCAAACCAGUUCUACAGACAGCCAGCAUCCCUGCAUGGCAUUCUGAGGAGGUUUGUAACGACAGGCAGGUGUCCUCUGGUCUUCAUCAUCUCCGACAGCCUCAGUGGAGACAGCAGCUCCAGACGGCUCUUUCCCAGGGAUGUGCAGGAAGAGCUGGGCGUCUGCAACAUAAGUUUUAACCCCGUGGCUCCCACCAGCAUGAUGAAGGUGCUGAGUCGGAUCGUGGCCCAGGAAGCAGGCAAGAGUGGAGGCAGGGUGUCAGUGCCUGACAAGGCCGUAUUGGACCUCCUCUGCACCGGGAGCUCUGGUGACAUCCGCAGCGCGAUCAACAGCCUGCAGUUCUCCUCUCUCACAGACUUCUCACUGGAGGGCAGCCUGUGGGCUCCAAAGAAAGGGAAGGCAUUGUCCUCCAAAGGCCUCUCCAAACCCAGAGGCAAGGGCAAGUCCUCCAAAGGCUCGGACAGACGGGACUCUGACCAGGCCAUCGGGGGCAAGGACGCGUCCCUCUUCUUGUUCAGGGCGCUGGGGAAGAUUCUCUAUUGCAAACGAGAGAAUGACACUGAUGCAAAAGGGCCCAGUCUACCUGCACAUCUAUCAGAACAUCAAAGAGACACCCUGCUGGUGGACCCGGAGCUGGUGGUGGAGAAGUCCCACAUGUCUGGCGAGCUCUUCAACCUGUACCUGCAGCAGAACUACCUAGACUUUUUCUCUGACAUGGAUGAUGUGGCACGGGCCAGCGAGUACCUGUCCGAUUCUGACUUCCUCACAGCAGACUGGAGCUCUCGCUCCACCAUGAGGGAGUAUGGUUCUUCCGUGGCCACCAGGGGGCUGAUUCACUCCAACUCGUCCCGGGCAAGAGCUGACAGCCAGGGCUCCAUAGGCUUCAGACCUCUGCACAAGCCUCACUGGCUGUUGGUCGAUAAGAAGUACCGGGAGAACUGCCAGGCUGCCCAGUCCCUGUUCAACAGCUAUUGCCUCACACCGCUGAGCCUUCACACAGAGCUGCUGCCAUACCUCGCCCAGCUCACCAACCCCAUGAGGAACCAAGCUCAGAUUGCUUUCAUUCAGGACGUGGGACGCCUUCCUCUCAGGAGAUAUCCUGGCAGAUUGAAGCUUGAAGCACUGACUGACAGAGACCCGGGGAUGCUGGACAUUGACAGCGAGGAGGAGGAAGAGCCGGCCGUCCCGCCUCUCGCGCCCAUCGUUUCCUCCAGCUCCGGGCCGGGGGAGCCAGACGGCUCCGACGACUCUGCCCUGGCCGGUAGCCAGGGCGCAGCGGGUGACCUGCCAGCCAGCCAGCCUCAGCCCACCACCUCCCAAGCCCUGCUGGAGAGCGAGGAGUUUGUCAUCGAGGAGUACGACAGCGACUAACUGACUGACAGUGCCUUCUGAAAAAAAGCCAAGCACAAAGACUCUGCCAUUUCCACUUCCCCCAGCAUUGAUGUUACACAUAGCCAUUUCCCAAGUUGUGAUUGUUAGCAAUAUUAUUUUGGUGGAUUGGGGGGGGUGUUUGAUAAUUAUUACUUAGAUGCUCCUGUGAAGGCACACAUUUUGUAAGGCAACAAAAAACUGUGAAUCCCUGUAGUUGAUGCAGAACGAGGUGUGUCUCUAGGGUAGUUGGCUGCCUGUCAACAUAGACUCGGGGGGGAAUAUUUCUAGGUUUGCAAAUACAGUAUUUAUGUUUGUUCUCUGUGCUUCUGCCA